AUGGCUUCGAGCUCUAUACUUGGAGCUAGGGUGGAGAGUGAGGAUGAAGUUGGAGAACAACAGGCGGCAGAGAAACAGCAGUGCGAUUGCAGCUCGUGUGGUGAUGAACUCGAAGACGAUUCAUAUUGCUGUUCGACAAUCGGGGUUGCGAAGGAACUGACCGAAAGAGAGUCAGUCAACUGCAUUACAGACAUUCAUAGAUUCAAAGCGUCAAUUUGCGACGAGUCUGUUUUAGAACUCAUCGCAUAUUCUGUGAAUCGGAAGGAGUUCCCGGAAAAGGAUGAUGUUGAGAAAAGGAACAGGCUAUACCGUUUCGCUGCUUACAGAACAUUCUUUGGGAUACUGGAGCUGAACGGACUGGGUAAAGGACGGCGCUUCAGACUACCACAGUGUGUGGUGAGAGUUAUCCGCAGAAUGUACCCCAGCAAGUCAGGCAAAUAUGUCGGAUUUAAAUCACUAAACGAACAAGUUUCGGAAAAGCUAAACAUAUAUUAA